GUGAAAUGCGCACACCGGUAAACACGCUGCGUGGCUAGAAUCUCAAAUCACAAAAAAACAAUUUUCAUAAAGUUCGAAUAUCGUUAAAAACACUAGAUAUCUUUUUAAAGUACUUGCAAUAAGUUUACAGCGUGUAACUAAUUCAAUAACAAAACAUUUUGCGAAAUAUUUACAAUCUACAAAAUUUGUAUGUGAUCAAUCUAAGCAUCAGUAAAGUUACAAAUCGGGAAUCCACAGAUUUAUUAUCAGCAACGUUAUAAUGUUGAAUGGACAAAACACCAUUUUUGUUUAUUAUAAUGACUUAUAGUGUAUAAAAAGACGUAAUGUUUAAUUACUAUCUUAUUCUGACUUCAAGUUCAUAUAAAAAAUAUCAACCAAGAUGACAAGUAACGUCUCAGAUAUAAGUUCCCCUGAUUCCCGUGCAAUUUCUUUGAAAAUAAUUGAAGCAAUAAAGCAGCAUCCAGUAUUAUAUAUUUCUGAAGUAAAGGGAAAUGCUAUAAAAUUGCAAGAGUUUCGACAGAAGGUCUGGAAAAGAAUUUCUGAUGAACUUGGUUUAGAUCCUUAUUGGGUAAAAUUAAAAUGGAAAAAUCUAAGGGAUACAUAUUGCAGAAUAUUAAAAUACAAAAAGAAGUCACCCAAAGGUGCUAGGAGAAAAAAGUGGACGUUUGAACACCAUUUAAGUUUUCUUAGAUUUCCAUAUGAACCUAAUUAUGAAGCUCAGACAGUUGAGCUAACAGAAGAUUAUAUUAAUGAUAUAAAUACAGAAGUUAUUAAUCCACAGGAUCUUUUAGAACAACUAAAUGAUAAUGAGGAAGAUGAAGAUUACAGUGAGUAUCUAGAAGUACUUGAAGAGGACCUUAAUUUUGAAGAAUCCUUUACGCAAGAGCAUCACAAAGUGGAACUUGUCGAAGAUGUUCCAAAAAAAAGUCAUCACUUACAACAAAAAGCUAUUGACGAAUAUGCAAAACAAAUUCAAUCAAAAUUUAGAAAAAUAAGGCCUAAGUGUGCUAAACUAGAUGACAAUGUCAAUACGCUUACUCCAAUCAUUAUUAACACUCAACCAAUAAUUCCAUUACAGAAACCAACUACCCAGAGUAUACAACUUAUUCAAACAGUUAAACAUUUACCAAUUAACAAUAGUAGUUUUGAUUACAAAGGAAGCACAGAUGAAUUUUUUAGUUAUGUAGCUCAGACAGUCAAAAAAUUACCUCCUAAAGCACAGGCUGAUAUAAAAAUGGAUAUAUGUAAAUUGAUAUCAGAAGCUGAAAUUCGUCACUCUGAACAUAAACUUUUACAAAAUACACAGAGACAUACAGGAGUUCCAGGCAUGAUUCCAAAAAUGCUGUUAGUCCCAUGUAAAUUGAUUGAUAGUAAUCGCCAGAAAGUUAACGAUUGACAUGUGUAUAAAUUAAUCUCAUUCUGUUGGUUAAUAUGAUUACGAUUGAUAUGCUAAGUUUUUAUAAGUAGAAUAUAAUUGAAUUAUUUUUUAUUCAAAACCUGAUCUUUUAAAAUCUUUAUUUUAAUCAUACUAGUAUAAUAUUGCACAAAAAUAUUUCACAACAAAAAUUGAUUUGAAAUAUUUACAACUUAAAUCUUAACAUGGAAAUUGGAAAUGCAGCAUAAGCUUUUCAUUUUCGUGUAACCCGUGAGUUUGUUGCUUCGAACAUACAAUAGAGGUAGCCCGCAGAGCUGCCGAACUG